AUGUUAAGAAUUGAUCGUGUUUUGAGUGGGAUGGGAAUUUGUUCUCGGAGUGAUGUUAUUCACUAUAUUCGCAAGAAUGAAGUAAUGGAUACAAUUAAAAAACAAAGAAUUCUCUCAUUAAAACACAAAAUUUCGGAACAUCAAUUGGAGAGUUUGAUGGUGAAUGGAAAACCUUUUCCUUUUCCAACACUCAAUUUGACAAUAGCAUUAAACAAACCAGAGUCCUAUCUGUGCUCUACCCAGAGAGAAAGUUCCAAUCACAAAAUUAUCUAUGAUUUAUUGCCACCUGAAUUCUUGAAUAGAAAUCCAACUUUGGGAAAUGUUGGGAGAUUGGAUUUGGAUAGUUGUGGAUUAUUGAUAAUGACACAAGAUGGGGAUUUACAUCAUAGAAUUCUUUCGGCUGAUGUGGAAAAAACCUAUCUUGUAGAGUUUGUGCCUCCCAUUGAAUCAGAUGUGGAAUUGAACCAAAUGAAAGAGUUAUUCUUUUCUGGAGAUUUACAAUUGAGAAGUGAGGAUAGUACACUGAAACCAAUAACUAAUUUUGAAUAUAUCAAUCCUUCAACUAUUUCUAUAUCUAUUGUGGAGGGAAAAUAUCAUCAGGUGAGAAGAAUGUUUGCAGCUUGUUCAAAGAGAGUUGUUGGAUUGAAAAGAAUCAAGAUUGGAGAUUUGACUCUUGAAGGAUUGAAUAUUGAAACAUCUGGAGCUUGGUGCGUUCUUUCCAAAGAAGUUCUCUAA